AUGAACCACAAUCAGUACCAUCAGUACCCUUUCCCUACUCCGUUGCCUUCUCCUGGCUUUUCCUCAGCCUAUUUCCAUCCCUCUCAGGACCAUCAUCAUAAUUACAGUAUCAAUUAUCAAAAAGAUCCCUUGUAUUCUUUCCAACAAGGACUAGGGAUAUCACCCCCAAAUGUUCAAUUACAAUGGUCAAAUUACAAUUACUUGAAUACUCCAGUAAACAAUACUAUCAUCAAUCCAAGAUCUACAAUUAAUAGUAAUGAAGGGAAUCAAAAAGUGAAAUUACCACCUUUAACAAGUUUCUACAGUUUUAAGAAACCAAUAGUGGUUGAUCCAUUUGAAAAAAAACCAUUAGAAGAAAAGCCAACAGCUAAACCCAUUACAAAAGAUAUUGUUAAACCACGUCCAACAAUUAAUCAUGGUGCAUCUAAAUUGAUUAAUCCAUCAAGGGUUUGUAAAAAAAUUCAAUUUAAAAAACGUACUAAAUUUUUAUCCAAGAUUAUAAUUAAUGAAGAUUUUUUAAUUAAUCAUAUUGCUAAUGAUCCAUCAAUUACCAUUAAUUAUGAUUUGAAAAUCCAAAGAAUUGAAAUUUCACAAGAACAAUUGGAUAGAUAUGUCUUGAAUGAAUUUUUAUUUGAAAUUUUAAAAUUUAAUGACAAGAGAGAUUCAACUUUUUUAAUUGAUAAUUUCCCAGAGAAUAGAAUAACUAUAGAUUUGAAAUUUGAUUUACAAGAUAAGAUUAUCAAGAUUUGGUUAGAAUUAUUGAAAACUUCAGAAUCAAAUAUAACAAAAGAUGAAAUUUUAAUUGAAUUAACAAAAUAUGUUGAAAAAUUUAUGGAAUCACCAAAUUUUAAUGAUCCAAAUUUUGAUUUUAAUAAAUUAAUGAAAGAAGAGAAGGCUAGAAUUCAAGAUAAGAAUAAAGCUAAUAAAGAUAAUAGAAAGAUGUUUAGACCUAGUUGGAGAUUAGGCGCUAAAGAUGAAUUAUCACUUGUUGAGAUGGAGGUUGAAGUUGAAAAGAAGAAGGACAGAAUAGAUUGA